AAAAAAGUAUGUUACCAUAGUGACAUGUAAACUGUCAAACUAUAUAAAAUGAUAUUUGUUGUUUGUUUUGAAUAAUAAAGCAUGGUUCGUCCAGAAUGAGAGUGACUGUUACGGAGGGAACUGGACAUGGUUCGUCCAGAAUGAGAGUGACUGUUACGGAGGGAACUGAAGAUGUCUUUAUCCCGGACUCAGAGUGUGAGAGUGGCAGCUGUGUUGGAGGACUGUUGCGACCAGUUGGACAUUCUGGGACAUACCCUGACAGUGCAGAUGGACAGGGAGCGAGGCACUGCAGCAGCACUGGAGAAAGCCAGACUGGCCAAGCUGAGAAGAGACUGUCAGUCAAUCUCGCAGCAGGUUUCUAAGCUGCAUUUAGAGCUGGAGGAAAAGCAGAGUCUCAGCUCUCUGCUGCAGGUGGUGGAGGACGAGGAGCAGAAGAAGAAGGCUAAUAACACGAGAAGAGAAGAAAAGAUUAACAUGGAGAAACAAAAAGAAACUCUACUGAGACAGAAAGAGGAGCUCAAACUGAAAAAUGAGAAACGGACGGAAUUACACUGGCUGGCCAAAGACCUGAAUCGUCAGAUGGAUGAGCAGUCAUUCAAGACUGCCAACAAGAACAAGCUUAUGGAGAAAAAGAUGGAGAUGCAGCUGCAGCAGACACAAAGGGAGACCAGUGAGACUGAGAAGCUGCUGCAGGACAAGCUGGAGCUGCUGCAGGAUAAGGUGAUAAAGGAGAGGAGAGUUCAUGAGGAGGCAAAGAAAUUCCUGCAAAAUCGACAUAAGGAGUUGCAGCAGCAGCUGCAGCAGUGGCAGCAGCAAACCACGCAGAUGCUGCACGAGACGGAGCAGCAGCUCAACAGCGUGUGCUGCAAAAGAACCGUGAAUUUGGACCGACUGAUGGAGAUGAAGAGGAUGUUCAGGGAGAUGGAGCAGGUGGUGAAGGAGGACAGGGAGGAGCAGGAGAAACUGCGUCAACAGCAGGCACUGGCCGCAUCUGCUACCAAGCUGCAGGCCUGGUGGAGAGGCUGCAUGGUCCGCCGGGGCCUCGGCAGUUUUAAAAAAGAGGAAGUCAAGAAAGGAAAGAAGACUAAGGAAGGAAAGAAGAAAAAGAAGAAAUGAGUUUUCUCCGAGUCAUCUCUGUAUCUUCUUUGUACUUUAUUAUAAUAAAAAACAUCUUUUUGUCAUUUCAAACAUAUAGUAUACAACAAAAUCAAAUACUCAACUUAAAAUAUUUUAGAAGAACAAGAUAAGUAGUACACUGUGUGACGGUCACAUGAAGUAUACUGGCAUCAUAUCACAUAUAAAGCAUUUAUGUAGCACAUUGACUCAAAGUCCUCUUAUUCCAUAUUUUAUGUACAGUAUAAAUGUGAGAACUUGAAAUGGCUGCCAGCAAUGAACACUACUAAGUAGUCUACUGUUAAGGACCAUAGGCCAUACAUUUUAACAUAAGUCAACGCCUUUAUCGUGACACGAUAAAGAUUUUAGUCAGACACCGUGUUUAAAAACAGUGAGUCUAUAAUAUCAUAUAAUACA